AUGAACCCUAUCCUUGGUCGUAUCGCUGUUGGAUUUGUGCUAUGUCUGAUUUCCUUCAUCGCGUAUACGUCGCAGAUAUUCGUGAUUUGGCCAUGGUAUGGACGAGAGUGGUCGAUUGAGCUUCUGCAAUUGCUGGUGCCAUUCAAUAUCUUGGUCGCAAUAUUGUUCUACAACUAUUAUCUCUGUGUCACGACGGACCCCGGUACUGUUCCUCCUGGAUGGAAACCAGAUACCCACAGCGACGGUUACGAAGUGAAGAAACUCACUGGGGAGCCCAGAUACUGUCGGAUGUGUCAGUGCUAUAAACCACCUAGGACACACCAUUGUCGGGACUGCAAUCGUUGCGUUCUUCGAAUGGACCACCACUGCCCUUGGAUAAACAACUGCGUUGGGCAUCAUAACUAUUCGCACUUCCUCCGGUUCCUCUUCUACGUCGAUGUUGCAUGCUCCUACCACCUGGCGAUGGUCGGCAAGCGGACUCUGGAUGCUAUGAGCGGUAACUACUUCUGGGCAAGUGUUCAUAUUGAGCCUACAGCAACAGAACUCGUUAUCACCAUCAUGAAUUUCGUAGCCUGUGUGCCCGUCCUGCUCGCCGUUGGGGGAUUUAGUAUCUACCACCUCUUCAAUUUGCUCGGUAACUCGACUACAAUCGAAGGGUUUGAGAAGGAUAAAGUUGCCACCAUGAUUCGCAAGGGUCAGAUACAAGAGGUUAAAUUCCCCUAUGAUCUGGGCCGAAUGCGUAAUAUCAAAGCGGUCUUGGGCGACAACCCACUUUUCUGGUGCUGGCCGCAACGCAUGCCAGGAAACGGGUUGAAGUUUGAACUGGCUCAUCACGCCGAAGACGAGGAAGAGAAGAAGUAUAAACACACCUCCCACGAACAUCAAGUCUGGCCGCCUCGGGAUCCAGAUUCCGUUGGACGUCCCAAAAUCGAUCUCUCCGCUUCGCCUUUCACUUACGGAAACGAUACCCUCAAUCCCGAACUUCAACCUACCAAUUUGCGACGCCGUUCUUUCAACGGUCGAGGGCCUCCCGCACACGCACUGCCUCCAUACCACCCAGACUAUCAGGAAGGAUACUUCGUCGGUGAGGAUGGAAGUUGGGAUGAGAGCGACGAGGUGUGUAGUGAAGGCGAUGUCCCGGACGGGAGAGUGCGGGUUCGUCGUGGCUCCGAAGGGUACGAGGUCAAGCCGCAGUCCAGAGAGGAUAUGCUACGGAGGUACAUCGAGGAGCUUGGGGAGGAUCCAUAUCGUUAUAAUCGCUACGAACCAGAGCCAUUCACAGAAUCUGAGGAAGAAUCGGACGACGAUAAUAUUCCUCUAGCACGGGUUGCUGCUACGGACAAGAAUGUAUGA